AUGUCAGAAUCAUACGAUUUCCUCUUUAAAUUUCUGGUCAUCGGCAAUGCUGGCACUGGCAAAUCGUGUUUGUUGCACCAGUUUAUAGAGAAAAGAUUUAAAGAUGAGUCUAAUCACACCAUUGGGGUAGAAUUUGGCUCAAAGAUCAUCAGUGUGGUCAAUAAAAUGGUGAAAUUACAGAUAUGGGACACUGCUGGCCAAGAAAGAUUUAGGUCAGUUACCAGGAGUUACUACAGAGGGGCAGCAGGAGCCUUGUUAGUUUAUGAUAUAACCAGUCGAGAAACGUACAAUGCUCUGACUACAUGGUUAAGUGACGCCAGGAUGCUGGCCAGUCAGAAUAUUGUUAUUAUACUCUGUGGAAAUAAGAAGGACUUGGAUGCUGAUCGAGAGGUCACAUUCUUGGAGGCAUCUCGCUUUGCACAAGAAAAUGAGCUAAUGUUCUUGGAAACAAGUGCCCUGACAGGUGAAAAUGUUGAGGAAGCCUUUGUCCAAUGCGCUCGGAAAAUCCUUAACAAGAUUGAAUCAGGAGAGCUUGAUCCAGAGAGGAUGGGCUCAGACAACCCACCGGAUUUCACACAAGAAAGUAUCUUGCAAACAGCUCUGUGA